AUGGAGCUUGCCGAACUACCGUUUCGACUGUUAGAAGAAAUUACAGAAGGUUUCUCCGAAGGGCGACUUCUGGGCACUGGCUCAUAUGGAAGGGUUUACAAGGGAGUACACAAAAAUGGAGAUGAGGUUGCUGUGAAGAGGCUUUCUUAUGAUCUUGAAGAUGAGCAGUUCAAGGAGUUACGAAACCAUAUGAGGCUCGAUCAUCCAAACAUUGUGCGGGUAGUUGGCUACUACGAUGAAACACAACACAAACAAGUAAAUUACGAAGGGAAAUUUGUUGUAGCGGAAGUGAGGCACAGAGCGCUCUGCUUAGAGUAUAUGCACAAUGGGAGUCUUCAGAAGCAUCUUUCUGGUUAG